CGCAGGGCAGGAUGUACACGCUGCUGUCGGGCCUGUACAAGUACGUGUUCCGGAAGGACGAGUACUGCAUCCUCAUCCUGGGCCUGGACAAUGCGGGCAAGACGACCUUCCUGGAGCAGUCCAAGACCCGCUUCAACAGGAGCUACAAGGGCAUGAGCCUGUCCAAGAUCACCACCACCGUGGGGCUCAACAUCGGCACCGUGGACGUGGGCAAGGCGCGCCUCAUGUUCUGGGACCUGGGCGGGCAGGAGGAGCUGCAGUCCCUCUGGGACAAGUACUACGCAGAGUGCCACGGCGUCAUCUACGUCAUCGACUCCACAGACGAGGAGAGACUGUCGGAGUCCAAGCAGGCCUUUGAGAAGAUGGUUACGAGUGAGGCUCUGGACGGUGUGCCUAUCCUGGUGCUGGCCAACAAGCAGGACAUGGAGACCUGCCUCUCCAUCCCUGAUCUCAAGACAGCCUUCAGCGACUGCACGUCCAAGAUCGGCCGGCGCGACUGCCUGACCCAGGCCUGCUCGGCCCUCACCGGCCAAGGCGUGCGCGAGGGCAUCGAGUGGAUGGUGAAGUGUGUGGUGCGAAACCUGCGCCGGCCACCGCGGCAGACGGACAUCACAUAGGCCUGCAUGGCUCUGCUGCCCUCCAGCCGGUCCUCUCCCCGUGUCCCAAAGGCUUUGGAUUCUGUGACAAACUUCCCUGUGUCUGGAAACGUGUGAGGCCUGGGGCUUCCGUGCAGGGGUUGGGCGGCUGGGCCGGCCCAGCCCAAGGGCCCCCUCACCCGAGUCACUCCACCCCAGGGCACCUGCCAGGGCUCAGGACCAGGCGGGGGCAUGCUCUGCGGUGUUCCCUGAGGGAGCCCCGCGCCAGCAGGAGUGAAGGGUCUGGCUGUGGGCCUCUGCUGCCCUGCGGGGCCAGUGCUGGAGGCCAGUCGGGGCUGGCACUGCCCCUCUCCGGGGCCUCCCCAGGUGCUGGUUCCCCAGGAAGCUGGACUGCCCUGGCCUGUCCCCAGGGACUCCCAGCCCCACCCCAGCCCCUCUGACCCAGAGCGGGGAGGGCACACUCCGACC